GAUUCCUGCCCUCGCCUCGCCCUGUCAUUGAUGGGAAAUCAACUGGAUCGCAUCACCCACCUGAAUUACAGCGAGCUGCCGACCGGGGACCCCUCGGGGAUCGAGAAAGACGAGCUGCGCGUCGGGGUGGCUUACUUCUUUUCGGAUGAGGAGAUCUUCUCCAAGGUCAGCAGCGGCCCCCAGGCCGGGGACCUCAGCGUCUACUCGGUGUCAGCCCUGACUGCCCUCUGCAAGCCGGGGGACCUGCUGGAGCUGCUCUACCUGGGGCCGUCGGAGCACCCGCCGCCGCACUGGGCGGUGUACGUGGGCAGCGGGCAGAUCAUCCACCUGCACCAGGGGCAGAUCCGGCAGGACAGCUUGUACGAGGCGGCCGCGGGCAACGUGGGCCGGGUGGUGAAUAGCUGGUACCGCUUUCGCCCGCUGGUGGCCGAGCUGGUGGUGCAAAACGCCUGCGGGCACCUGGGCUUGAAAAGCAACGAGAUCUGCUGGACUAACUCCGAGAGCUUCGCCGCCUGGUGCCGCUUCGGGAAAAGGGAGUUCAAAGCCGGGGGGGAGCUGCAGGCUGCUGCCGGCACCCAGCACCAGCAGCAAUACUAUCUCAAGAUCCACUUGGCGGAGAACAAGGUGCACACGGUGAGGUUCCACAGCCUGGAGGAUCUAAUACGCGAGAAGCGCAGGAUCGAUGCCAGUGGCAAACUGAGGGUGAUCAAAGACCUGGCUAUAGUGGAUGGGAAAGAAUAGAGGGUAG